UUCAGCAGGCAAGACGGACUAUCCAGUCGGACUUUUUAUAGCGCUGCAAACGUCAACGUGCUGUAUAUUAUUCCUGAUAUCCUAAUGAAGUUAUACUUACUUUCCGAUAAUUUAAUAUCUAUGUUGGAACGAGAAUUACUAUAUUCCGUGUAUUUUAACAGUUUCUUACAGUGGUUUAUGUAUUGCAUUUUGAUUCGCUGUCAUGCAUUGAUCGAACACCCGUGAUGUCUAAAGAGGAGUUUUUUACGAAGUCGGUGGGACAAUCGAUCACAAAUGAGAGUAAAAGCAGAAGCCGGCUUGGUCUCGUCGUAACGGGUUUGGUUGGAGGCUCGCUUGUUGCCCUCUACGCUGUGGCUACGCCGUUUGUGGCCCCCGCGUUGAGGAAAAUCUGCCUCCCGUUUGUCCCCGCAACCACCACACAGGUGGAGAACGUCUUCACUGUACUGCGAGCCAGAUCCGGGACCCUGGUGGACAUUGGAAGUGGAGAUGGGAGAAUAGUGAUAGCUGCAGCAAGGCAAGGAUUUCUGGCAUCAGGCUUUGAGCUGAACCCAUGGCUGGUGUGGUAUUCCCGCUACAAAGCAUGGAAAGAGGGACUCCACCGCUCCGCCUCCUUCCACAUCUCCGAUUUAUGGAAGGUCAGCUUUGCACAAUACAACAAUGUUGUCAUUUUUGGUGUCCCUCAAAUGAUGUCCCAAUUGGAGCUGAAGCUGGCAAACGAGUUGUCAAGCUCUGCUAAGGUGGUCGCGUGCAGAUUCCCUUUUCCCAACUGGGUUCCUGAACAUACCACUGGAGAGGGCGUUGACACUGUGUGGGUGUACAACGCUGAAUCAUUUAAAUCACUCAUGGACCCUAGCAUGGCGGAGAAGACAACAUCAGAUCACAGUGACAUUGUAGAAUCACAUACUUGAAAGGAAAUGCUGGGACCUGGUCAGCAACUAUUGAAAAAUAAAACACACCUACACUCUUGUA